ACGUUCUUCAAUGAAGUUUUUUACGCGAUGGACGACACUCCGCCAUCUGCCCCACAAAACCUCACGUAUGUCGCGGAGCCCGUAGCGCUUGACCUGCACGUUGAUUCGCAACAAAAUAAUCAAAAUCAACAAAAAACUAUCCUGGAAAUUGGCACUUCGCAACAUUACCAGCCACAAAACGACGAACAGUACCCAAAAAUUUACAAACCUGAUGCCCGUCAUCAUUUUUCCUAUCUUCCGCCGUAUCCGUAUAUCGAAUAUGAGGUUGCUUACCCCUCGCCGAAUGUCAUUCCGUACCCGAGAUCGCCUUAUUAUCCGGUUCAAGAGUAUCGAAAUGGCGAAAUAUCGCGCGAAAAUACGACUUCUUCAGCUAAAAGCUCUCCGAAAAUGUCUGAUCAGGAGUACCGGAAGAGCGCCUGUGACCGCGAACGGAAUAGAAUGCGAGACAUGAACAAGGCUUUCGAUUUACUUCGCACAAAAUUGCCCAUUUCGAAGCCGUCGGGCAAGAAAUAUUCCAAAAUCGAGUGUUUACGAAUUGCGAUUUGUUACAUUCACCACUUGAAACGGACACUAAAAAUUGACGAUUACGAGUACGAGGAUUAUCCCCAGAGACCUCCGACACCUGUCCCGCCGCUCCCGCUCUCCAUUAUCCGAUCCAUUCACAACAUAAAUCAGCCCGCGAAAUUGCCGACGGGAACGUUGGCUGAAUUUAAUUUGUAUCCCGGAACGCCGACCGUCACCCAUCAUCAUCACUACGACGAGCAACGAAAUAUUUGAAAAAAGAAAUGGUAAAUAAAUCAACGUUCAACCCAC